ACAGGAAAGCUGUUUCCAGAAAGAUGGCGGCACCUGUCAGUAACAGCUCAGGCUGUUGGGGAGUCCCAGAGGUUUAUAAACACCAUGAGCAGCGCAAAGUUUGCAUUUCACGACCAAAAUAUAGAGAAGGCAGGAACGCGAAAGCUGUUAAGGUGUACACCAUCAACUUAGAGUCUCGUUACCUGAUGGUCCAAGGGGUCCCAGCCAUUGGAGUGAUGACGGAGCUGAUCCAGCUGUGUGCCCUGUACGGAGCCGUGGAGGAGUACAGACCCCUGGACGAGUACCCGGCUGAGGAGUUCACGGAGGUCUACCUCGUCAAGUUCCAGAAACUCACCAGUGCCAGAGCAGCCAAACGACGCAUGGAUGAGAAGAGUUUCUAUGGUGGUGUGCUGCACGUGUGCUACGUCCCAGAAUAUGAGACAGUGGAAGACACCAGGCUGAAGCUGCAGGACAGGAGGAGAUAUAUACUCAGGGCUGUUCAUAAUAAAGCAAAAGAAAAGGAGCAGAAAGAGACAGCAGAAAAGGAGCCCACUAUGUCAUCAGACACAGCCACCACAUCAGAGAGGAUCGUCAUGAGACAUGAUAAAGCCUCUGAUGAUGAUAAUACAGGGGAAGCUUCAAACGUCAGCAAACAUCCAAGCUUUCCUCCUCUGCCAUUACCUCCCCGGGAAUAUAAUUACUAUGGACAUAAAACUCAGCAUGGGACUGUAUCAACAGAGGACAAAAUGGGGACAUUACAUAAUGCCAUCAUUGUCACAAAACAGCAGCCAGCGCCAAGUUCAAGCUCCAGCCAGACCUCUUCAGACGGACACAAAGGCGCAAAACACAGACUGACCUCAAAACCUUCUGCGGUCAGAUUUGUCCCACGGAGCACAAAUUUAGAGAAUAGGAAGCGCAAAAUGGAUGAGGGGCACUCACUGACCGAUGCUACUAGAAAUGAUGAGCCACUUAUUGGGCCAAAGCUACCAGAGCCACCUAAACUAGACAUGGAGGAUGAGUCGCUGAACACAACUGUAAGCCUGAUCAGGAACACAAUGAAACAGGUGGAAUCUGUUCCUGACCUCAAACCAGUGGAGAAAAAGGUGAAACCACGUCGUCGGAUAUGAUCAUGUGACCUGUCUCGAUGCUGGAUUUUAUGCAGAGAUUACUGCUGCUGCUUUGGAAAAUGACUGGUCAAACCGUUU